GGCCCUUUGCUGCUAUGCUGAAAGUGACAUGGCCCUUGUCGUUUUUGGACGUACCGGUGGACUAGACCUGGCCGGCUGCAGGCUGCUUGUUUUGUGUUUCUCUUCGGCAGUCACGAACUGAGCCGCGAGGAUUCUGGCCACACCGCAACUGUUGCUGCUGUUGUAGGCUGAGCUAGCUGUGGAUACUGAAUGUUUCUGAGAGACUUUCGAACAGCUAAAAAUCAUGGACGGAGAGCGUGCACACUUGAUGCGUAAUGAUGGCGGAGAGGCGCUGAAGAGAAAACAACGCAGGGCUGGCCGAUGCAAUCGCCUCGUCUUGCUUGUCAUCCUGUUGCUAUGCGUUGUUGUGAUAGCCGUGCCUACUGCUGUUAUUCUCUCGAAGAAAGACGACGAAACUCCCACCAACCUACCCUCGGCUGUCAAGUCAGACAACAUCAGAAAACAUUUGCAGAUGUUUCAAGACAUUGCCAUCGCUAACAACAACUCCCUAACCGUACACAGCCGCUCUGUUCUGGACGGAUACAACGAGUCAGCAUUCUACGUCACGGAAGUCUUGGAAGCCAAGGGAUAUCAAGUCACUCAUCAAUAUUUUCAGCUGCCACUGAAUUACGAAUCGGACGGUAGCAGUCUGAGUACCAGUUUCCAGGACAUUGAGUUCAACUUUGUACAGGGCACCCAGUUCAACGUACUCCGCUACUCCGGUCACGGCACCAUUAACACUACUCUGUGGGUGAACACGGACGUGCAGGGAGGUUGUCGCAAUGACACGUUCACCGACAUCGCACCAGGACAGGUUGCACUUCUGACCUACGUCAGUCGUGAUAUCGCCAACUGCUCAUUCUACGACCUUGCGCUGAAUGCAUAUCAACACGGGGCUGGUGGUAUCAUCAUAGCUUACGGUCCUGCCUUUGCCUCGUCAGCACCAUCCAGGACCCGAAUUACGGGUCCCAACAUGCAGAUGGACGAGAUUAUCCCGUUGCCGAUGUUCAGUGUCUCAUACGCUGCUGGGGAGCAGCUCAAACAGAUGAACUCACAGGGAGCGCUGACGAUGAACGGCUUCUCCAACACCGAAGUGGUGCCCGCGUACACGUUCAACGUUCUGGCCACGCUGCCACGCGGCAACCCUGGCACUACCAUUGUCGUGGGCUCUCACCUGGACUCUGUGCCCGCUGGCCCUGGUAUCAACGAUAAUGGCAGCGGGUCUAGCGUCAAUCUGGAACUGGCACUUCAGUUUGCUGAUCUUGACCUGCAGCCUAAGAAUAAGGUGAUGUUUGCCUGGUGGGGAGCAGAGGAAUGGGGCCUGGUCGGUUCUCGUCACUUUGUCAACACCCUGUCUGCUGGAGAGAAGGCCAACAUCUCACUAAACCUUAAUAUGGACAUGCUGGGUUCACCCAACUACUUCCGCGGUGUGUAUAACGGCACGGCUGCUCCAGCAGGUAUUGAGACACAGUCUGAAGCUAUAAUGCGAAUCCUGGAAGAGACAUUCUGCGAGAAAGCCGUACCGUAUGAGAUCCUGCCCUUCACUGGCCGCUCUGACUAUGGUCCGUUCAUUGACGACAUACCCCCUAUCCCAGCUGGAGCAGUUGCCACUGGAGCCGACGGCAGCAAGACGCAGGUGGAGCGCAAGGAGUUUGGCGGCUUUGCCAACGUGCCGUACGACACCUGCUACCACCAGGCGUGCGACACGAUUGACAACGUUGACUUUGACGUGCUGCAGGACAUGGCUGACUCGGUAGCUACUGCUCUCCAGGUGCUACUUGAGGAGGAGAACAUGGCGGAGUUUCUGAUGCAGAGCACGCAGUCGUACGAGAAGGCGACUUCGUGCAUCCGCGAGAAGGGCAGCAAUCCGGUUAUUCGUGAUCAGUCGGCUGGCACAGCUACGGCUUCUGCUACUGCUGCUGCUGAUGAUCCACUUUCUGCUGGUACUUGCUCAUGAUUGCGCAGUGAAAAGUAUUUCUGCGACGGCUGUGGCAGAGGUAAAUAGUAUUGCAAUGACCAAGGAAACUCUGUACCGCUAAAUACCGCCGGUACAUCGUUACUUCAUUGUGCUUUGCCUAAUACCAGCAGCGUUCGUUGGUCGGUGUCCGGUCACCUCCAAAAACCACAUAGAGUGCUUAAUCAGGCAUGAUUGAAAUCAUGCUGGUUUAUUGCGUGUAGUCUGUGGAGGUGAAGUAUAGGUGAAGGCCAGCCACACUGGUCUGAACCGAUCUCCAUUUCUACCUUAUCUUAGUCUGUAGAGGUUCGAGUCCAUUGUUUUUAGGAACACGUUUUGUUUUUGUGUGUGUGUGUUUGUGUGUGUGUGUGUGUGUGUGUGUGUGUGUGUGUGUGUGUGUGUGUGUGUGUGUGUGUGUGUGUGUGUGUGUGUGUGUGUGUGUGUCUAUCCCUGGUUGGAUUUGACAGCUUCCAUUUGAUGAUUCUAUAUUUUAAAUAUGUUUACCUGUAUUGAGGAAUAGGAAAGUCGUCCACAGCGUAAUGACGGCCAGAAAUAUGAUUUAUAUACUGCAUUCUGGGUUUACCGGGUGUUAGCGGCCGUCAUGAGUUAGUUCCCUUUGGGAACGGACACGAUAAUUUACUUUCUCAAAUUUCCUCUCUAUUUUAAUGUCUCAACAAACAAAAUUUCCCAUGUGCAACUUUCCCUCAAACAAAUGAAUAUCCCUCUAUUACCUCUAUAAUUAUAAUGAAUUAUUUUCUUGUCGAAAGAUAUAUCAACAUAUUUUUA